ACUCUAAUCCUUUUUUUUUGGUAGAUGUACUAAAUUUUAGAUUGAGAGUUUUUUUAAGGAAGUACAAAAAAAAUCUUGUAAUAUCUCGCUGUUGGAAGCGAAAGAGGGUUCCAUUGCACGUUUAUAAUUACUUUCGGAAAUAGUUCCCAGUUUGAGGAAGAAGCUAAGUUAGCAAACACGACAUAUAUAGCCCCACACUUACAACCUUUUCAUGACUUUAACAGCCAGUGAAUUAGUUCUCUUAAAGGCAAACGUACUAUAACCUAUCGGAAGCCGAGCAACAAUAAGAUAUCACAGAAGAAUUACAAACAAAUCAACUGUCGACAGAACAUAUUUAUAAAUCGAAAGACAAUAAUUACUAUAUAAUAAUUACAAUAAAAACUUUUAUAAUUUUGCAAUAUAUAAGACACUAUGUCGAUUGAAGCAUUAUCUGAUAAAGCUUUCUUAGUGAUAACCGGUGCAAGCCGUGGUAUCGGACGUCAAAUCGUAAUAACAUUCGGUUCGCUACUGCAGGAGGGUUCGCAUAUUCUUUUGUUAGCAAGAAACCUAAAUGGUUUAAAAGAAGUCGCGAAAAAUAUACCAUCUAAAGUGACAGUUCAUACUGUCAGUAUAAAUCUUGGUGAAGCGACUAAAACUGAUUUUGAAGAGAUCAUAUUGAGAUGCCUAAGUGGGACCACUCGCGACGCAUUUGAUCGAGUGGUCGUAGUGCAUAAUGUAGGUACUAGCGGUAAUCUCACAAAAUUUGUAAAUGAGAUGGUGGAUAUAGACGAAUGGAAACAAUUUUAUACCUUAAACUUAUUCCUGCCCGCUAUUUUGAAUGCGGUGAUUAUGAAUUUGUUUGGCAAUAGUACAGAUGAUAUUAAGAAAGUAGUUAUCAAUAUUACAUCUGUGUUUGCUAUUCAAGCAAAUGUAGCCUGUGGUUAUUAUUGCUCGGUAAAGGCAGCACGAGAAAUGUAUUUUAAGGUCUUUGCCUUGGAAAAUCCUGAUGUUAACAUAUUAAGUUACUCACCAGGACAUGUCGAUACAGAUUUGUUACAAACAGUGUGCAAAACGAUCGUCAAUUCCGAAACUAAAAAAGCAUUGGAACAUUUGUAUGAAACCAAUACUAUAUUGAGUACUGAACAGACAGUUAAUCGUCUUGUAAAAAUCUUGAAAGAACAUAAGUACAAGGCGGGCGAUCAUGUGGAUUAUUACGACAACUAAAAGCAAUGGCAAUCGAGUAAAAUAAUAAACACUGAUAAAUGCUAGCAUAAAAAUAUGAGUAUUUAUAUGGUGUAUUAACAAUAUACAAAGAGUUUAUAAGUACAAACGCCGAGAUAUUUCUUAUAUCUAAUCCCACUCUCCAAUAUACAU